GAAGGACAAUUCUUUUAGUUGCUCCACGCUGUGUGGAACAACAUACUAUAUUGAGGGCAAAUGGAACCUGCAGGCAGCCAGGCACCUUGGCUGGCUUUACAUGAUGCCACAGCUGCGUUUCUGAUUCUGCGACUUCUACCUCCAAGGACCUGGUGGCAACUGCGAGCGCUGUCAGCUGAAUGGAGGCUGCUUUUGGAUGAUGCAGGCAACUGCAUGGAAAGGUCAUGCCGUGAAAUGGUGGGGGAGUUCCGACCAGCUUGCUGCUUGGUCAAGCUCCUUGUGGAGGCUGCCGGCCCACUGAAGACCGCGAACGAGGAGGUAGACUUUGCAGGUUGCGUGUACAGAGCAGUGCACCACGGAAGCGUAGGCCCAUUGCAGCAGCUGUUGCGACCCUUGGCAGCCGAAUCCUUUGCCAGACGAGCUUUUGCACUUGGCGUCAUCCGCGAGGCCCUGGUACAAGCAGCAGUGGCAGGAGAUGCUGCCACAUGCCACGCUGUGCUGCAGCAGCAUGGCCCACGGUCGGCUGCUGCGCGAAGACUGCAAUCCGGCGAUGCGGCAAUGGCGUUAAAGGCAGCGGCCGACUGGCACCUGAUGAGAGCCUUGGCAGCACCUGAGAAUUCAUGUGUCAAACUUGUCCAAACUUGAGGCCCAGAUGAUGUAUCAGAUUUGAGACGCAAGGCUGUCGACGAGGUGCUGAAGGCAGUGUGCUGAGAGUGCAAAGACUUAGCUGAAAUGGCUGAGAUUUUCAACAAAGUCGCAGGACAUCGAAUUGAGGGGACCAAUGAAUGGGGUCACUUCUAGCAGCCCAUGUGCAUCACUUUCCGUUUCACCUGCUUGCGCGAGCGUUUAAUUGGAUGCGGCAGAGCUGGCAUAGAAGGCU